AUGUCCCUCCUCCGCCGCCUCUUCCACUCCCCCUCCCUCCCAAACACCGGCUCCCUCGCCCGCGACCUCCUCGCCAGCGAACGCACCUUCCUGGCCUGGGCCCGCACAGGCCUCGGCUUCAUCGCACUCGGCGUGGCCCUCGAAAAAGUCGAAGCGUUCGCCGCCAUCUCCCCCACCCUGCUGCACCUUGAACACAGCAGGACCAAGCUGGCAGCAGGGGUUUUGGUGGGGAGUGGAAGUCUUUGUGUCGCGCAUGGGACGACGAGGUACUUUGCUGUGACGAGGGCGCUGGAGAGGGGAGUGUUUAGGCCGAAUGUGGCGGGCGUGACGAUGAUGGCGGCGGCGACGAUGGGGAUUGCGUUUGCGGGGACGAUGUUGGUUUUGGAGAAUGAGGGUGGGAGGAAUAAGAGGAAGGAUGCGGGAACGCAGACGGGGUGA